AUGUCUGAUUCGAUAAAUGCGAUCCACAUUCCGAAAAAAAGGAAGAAGCAUGGCAAGGGUUCAACCUCCAUUGCAAACAAGCGCCGAGCAACCGGCAAUAUUGAAGAUGCGGAAAGGGAAACAAUCCAGCAACUAGAAGAGCAGAUUUCGGAAUCACGCAAAUAUUACAACAAUAUAGCGACGCUCUUAUCGAUGCUCAAUGUUGACCGUCCAAAUCUAGCAGUGGCAAUAUCUAUUUGUAGGGUUUUUUGUCGGCUGUUGGCCGGCGGGCAUCUCAAUAAGCAAAAGGGCGCCAGCGAACAGCACUCGAUAUUGGUUGCUUGGCUGAGAGAAAGAUAUCAGGAGUAUCAAAAGGCAUUGAUAACCAUUUUGCGGCACUCGGGGCCUUCAAGCCAGGCCGCCGCAGUUUCAUUAUGUAUGCGCCUCGCAAAAGAGCAUUCCACUCAUUAUGCUGGAGGUCAGAACAAUGUAUGGGAUGAUGGGUAUUUCAACGAUGUUGUCACAGCUCUCAUCGAGGCUGAUGACGGUGACCAAGCUAGAGCUGAGUUCACAAGAAAAUAUUUAAAGGAAUAUCAUGAUAUCAGUGUCUUUACAGUACUUCGGCUAUCAAAUUAUUUAUCUGUAAAACCGUCUGCAAUUGCAUUGACAAACGUUAUCUAUUUUCUCUCUGAACUCGGGACACCUCCUACCACAAAUCAGACGUUCGAGAAUUUUUACACCGACAUAUCCAAAGCUAGCCAAAAGGUCAAAGGCCCAUUAAUGUCCGUAAAUUCCUAUAAACAACGAGUUCAAUCCGCCUGGUUGCUUGUCCUCUUAAAUGGUCGAGAACGAUCUGUGCGAAAGAGGCUACUUCAAAUGAUGACACACGAAAUUGUCCCCUGGUUUAUGAAACCAGAACUCCUGAUGGACUUCCUUACCGAUUCUUAUAACCAGGGUGGCUCGAUUUCGCUCCUAUCCCUUUCGGGGCUGUUCUACCUUAUACAGAACAAGAAUCUCGACUAUCCACAGUUUUACCCUAAGCUGUACUCCCUACUUGACCCUGAUCUCCUGCACUCCAAACACCGAUCCCGCUUUUUCCGACUUCUCGAUACGUUCCUAUCAUCAACUCACCUCCCAGCGACGCUAGUCGCAAGUUUUAUAAAGCGACUCUCCCGGCUGGCGCUCAACGCUCCCCCCGCAGCGAUCGUGGCAGUCGUACCAUGGAUCUAUAACCUCCUCAAGUCUCAUCCAUCGUGUACAUUCAUGGUACAUCGUGCACUCCGUAAUGAGUCGCUCCGAGCUAAAAUUGACGCUGAAGGGAUCGACGAUCCCUUUGACCCCCUAGAAUCGGACCCAACUCUCACGGAUGCUAUUGAAAGCAGUCUUUGGGAAAUUGAAAUGUUACAGACUCACUAUCAUCCCAAUGUGGCGGCGCUAGCGAAAAUCAUAUCCGAGCAGUUCACUAAGCAAAUGUAUAAUCUAGAAGACUUUCUGGAUCAUUCUUACCAGGCCUUAAUAGUCGCAGAGUUGGGCAACGAGGAGAAGCAGUUUAAGAAACCUCCUGUUGUGGAGUUUCAGAUUCCCAAGAGAAUAUUUACAGAUCGCCUACUUGAGGAAGAUGGUGGGAAUGACACUGAGCUUGGAAACAUCUUCAGACAGCUGUGGAAUUUUGAAUAG